AUGGCUGAGCCAACGAAACGGACCUACCCCGUCGACGACGAGAAGCGAGACCUCGCCAGCAGCGAUGUCAUGGAAGACGCGCCUCCCACUGUAGUGGCAGCCGUCGCUGCACACGAGAUCGCACACGAGGUGGAAGAUGGCAAAUACUCGCCUUGGACGAAAUCCAUGUUCAACCUCUAUGGGGUCCUGUUUGUGGCGUACUGCUGCGGUGCCCUCAACGGAUAUGAUGGAUCACUCAUGGGAUCGCUCAACGGAAUGACAUCCUACCAACGAACUUUUGACAUGAAAACCUCGGGCUCUUCGACCGGCAUCGUGUUCAUGAUGUACAACGUCGGAUCGGUUUGUGCCAUUCUCUUCACGGGGCCCGUCAAUGACCUUCUUGGCCGACGUUGGGGCAUGUUUACCGGCGCUUUGCUCAUCAUUGUAACUACUGCAAACCAUAUCCCUCAGUUCCUAGGAGGACGUUUCGUUUUGGGCUUUGGCGUGUCAUUUUGCUGUGUUUCUGCUCCAACUUACGUGAGCGAGCUGGCUCACCCCAAGGUUGCCUACGGCGCUUCUUUCAUCCCGGGAGAUGGCGGCUGGCGUCUUCCUGUCUGGUGUCAACUGGUCACAUCAGGAAUCGUUGUCGCUUUUGUGUUCUUCUUGCCAGAAAGUCCCAGAUGGCUUGUGGCCAACGACCGACACGAAGAGGCAGCAAAGAUUCUGACUCAGCUCCACGGUGAAAAGGACCCCAACCAUCCGAUCGUGCAAUUGCAGAUGAAGGAAAUGAUGGCCCAAAUUUCGAACGAGGCUAGUGAUAAAAAGUGGUGGGAUUACCACGAAUUGUGGAACACCCACUCCGCUCGGAGAAGACUUAUUUGCGUCUUGGGUAUGGCCAUCAUGGGACAGGCUUCCGGAAAUUCUCUUUCCAGCUACUAUCUCGUGACAAUGAUGAACACAGCCGGAAUUACCGACGAAAAGAAGGUCCUAGCCCUAAACGCAGUCAACAGCAUUCUCGGCCUUCUCGGCAGUGUUAUUGGCGCCCGUCUCACCGACCGCGUUGGCCGACGACCCUUGCUCAUCUACAGCAUUCUCUUCUGCUCCGUCACUUUCGCAGUUAUCACCGGUACAUCCAAGAUGGCCGUCGAUGACCCGAGCAACACCAAUGCCGCCAAUACCACCAUCGCCUUCGUCUUCCUGUUUGGUGUCGUAUUCUCUCUGGGUUGGACAGCUCAGCAGAGCAUGUACAUUGCCGAGACUCUGAGCACCUCCACUCGUGCCAAGGGAACUGCGGUCGGCAAUUUUGCCUCCUCGGCUAUUUCGCUGGUGCUUGCUUACAGUUCUGGCCCUGCAUUUGAGAAGAUUGGCUACUACUUUUACCUUGUCUUCGUCUUUUGGGAUAUCUUGGAGGCAAUCUUCAUCUACUUCUUCUUCCCGGAGACUAACCACAGAACGCUGGAAGAGCUUGAGGAGGUGUUUUCUGCGCCCAACCCCGUCAAGAAGAGUUUGGAGCCUCGUUCCGCAUCGACUGUGUUGGAGACUAUGAAGGUUCCCAAUGAGAAAUUUGUAGAGGCCUAA